AUGAAGAUCAGUGUAGAUGAGAGAGGAAACCACUGUAAACUAUUGAAACUGUUAAUAUGUCUGUUCUCUUCAGAGAAGUUUGAAGUUCUUGGUCCAACUGAUUCCAUUGUUGCUGUAGCUGGUGAUGACAUCAUUCUGCCCUGUUACCUCAAACCCAACAUCAGUGCAGAGGACAUGACAGUGGACUGGCUUAACCUGGAUUUCUUAGACGGUCGUGUCUUUCGUUACCAAAACCACAGAAUCAUACGAGAUGAUCAGAUUCUCUUCUAUAGUGGAAGAACUUCACUGUUUGAAGAGGAACUGUGGAGGGGAAACACCUCUUUAAAACUGACCAGGGUACAAGGCACUGAUGAGGGACGUUACAAAUGCUUAAUUCAGUCAAAGAGCUGGUAUGAUGAUUUCACUGUUCAAGUCCUCGUUAAAGUUGUAGGAUCCAAGCCAGUGGUGUCCAUUGAGGGACACAGAGAGGGAGGGAUGGGUCUGCUGUGUGAAUCAGAAGGCUGGCACCCUGAGCCUGAGCUGGUGUGGCUGGACAGUAAAGGAGUCCAUCUCUCUGCUGGUCCUCCUGAGACACACAGAGACUUAGAUGGAUUCUACACAGUCAAACGACAUGUCAUUGUCCAGGAGACUGACACCAACCACUUUACCUGCAGAGUCCAACAGAGCCGGAUCAAUGAGAAGAUGGAGACAGAGAUUCACCUCCCUAGUGAGUUGUUUGAUUACGCAACCCCAUGGAGAAUGGCCUUCAUGGUGUUAUGCUGUCUGGGAGCCGUCACUGUGAUUGGGUUAGCUCUGGUUAUCUACUGCAUACAUGACCUCAGGAAGGAGAAGGAUUACCUCACUGAGAAUCGAGAGCCUGACUUUGAAACCAUCAGAAGACAUGAAGUGGUUGUGACUCUAGAUCCUGAUUCUGCACAUCGUAAACUCAUCCUGUCUGAUGAUGGGAAACAAGUGAGACAUGGAGAACUAAACCAGGUUCUCUCUGACAACGGGAAGAGGUUUACCAAUUGGUCCUCUGUCCUCGGAAAUGUGGGCUUCUCAGGGAAGUUCUACUAUGAGGUGAAAGUGGAGGGGAAGACUGAGUGGACUUUGGGGGUGGUCAUACAGUCCAUCAAUAGGAAUGAGAGUUGUAUACCCAUCCCUAAUAAUGGAUACUGGACUGUGGAGCUGAAGGAUGGAGAGUACACAGCUCAUGCUGAUUCCCCUGUCACCUUCACCCCGAGAGAGGGGCCCCAGAAGGUGGGGGUGUUUGUGGAUUAUGAGAAGAGACAGGUCUCCUUCUACAAUGUGGAGGACAGGUGUCAUAUCUACUCUUUCACUGACUGCUCCUUCACUGAGAAACUCUAUCCAUUCUUCAACCCUGGUGAUUCAGAUAGUAUUUCACUGGUCGUCUGUCCUGUAGAUGCCACUGACUGACUGUUUUAAAUCAAACAAGGUGCAAUUGUUAUUUGUGAAAUGCUUGUUACUCUGCUAAUGUGCAGUAAAUAUACUGUAUAUAAUUUUAAAACGUGCUCUGCUGUUGGGACUCUGCUGUUGGGACUCUGCUGUUGGGACUCUGCUGUUGGGACUCUGCUGAUGAGACUCUGCUGAUGGGACUCUGCUGAUGGGACUCUGCUGUUGGGACUCUGCUGUUGGGACAGCUUUAUGUAGGUCCUGAUAGUUUGUGGGCACCGUUUGUAACCGUUAUCGUGCAAUUAAUGUAUUGUGUUGUGUAGUGGCAUUGCUGGAAUGCACAAGAUUUACAUGCUAAAAUUGCAACUGGUUGUGUAACCUUUCUGUUGUGUGCUCCUACAUUUAGGUAACAAUGUAGUAACAGCACAAAAAAAAUGUGUUCAACAUAUUGAUCAUUUGAUAAUUAAAUGUUCUGAAAGA